AUGACCGCAGACUCGCUCUGCGCUCACCAGCGCGAGGCCAUACAGGCUAAAUCGACCCGCAAGACCUCGUCCAUUGAUUUUGAUAUUAUUGCAGGCUUCCUCACUAACGCCAAGCGUGCCGUAAACAAUAUCGAUCAGCUGGUCGCCUCUCACGUCGUCAAUGUCCAGGCACUCUUAUCUCUGGUAAGCCAUACCAUGAUCUCUCUGAGCCUCUAUCAGAAUUCAUCAGAUGCUGACUACGUCAAGCACAUGGUAGCGCAGCAGUAUUUCUCCAUAGGUCUCUCGGAGACGCUGUUAGCUCUCGCAGCGAGAUGCGCCAAGUCCAUCGGCAUCCACCAAUGCGGUUCCUUGCAUGGUCAACUAAGCGACGAAGACAUUCAGGAGAGACAAAACAUCUCACACUGCUUAUACAUUCUUGACAAGGCCGUUUGCUGGACAGCGGGCUCGUCUCCCAGUGUACCCGUCUCCGAUAUGGAUUUAGAUUCGUCCCUGAUGCUUUCUGAACACGGCGUCACGCCUUCUUUAGUAACACGAGCUGAGAUGGCCAGGGUCGAAGAAAGUAUCUACUUGGAGACAUACGCUGUACAGGUCAGCCCGAGGAAUGAGGAUCAAGUCCGGCAAUUCGCAGCCACAACUUUGUCUCGAUUGCGAGCCUGUCUGGCCGACGCGGGAGUGGACUUGGACAAGAUAGAGAAAUGCUCGGAGAGUCCCGCCUCAGACCUGCAGUUGGCAGUCAGAUAUCUCUGCCUCCAGCUGCUGCUUGUAUGGCCUCAUAAACACCAUCCGGACCAAAUAUUCCAGCGCGGCCCCGAGGUCGCGAGGAUGUGCUUGAAGCUCCUGCUUUGUCUUUGGCAUUCCUCUCCGGAUCAGGGGAGCCAUGCUGUGUUCUCGUCUUUCCUCGCAUCUCUUCCACCGCUAUACCUCUACGAAGUCAUAUCCUCCAGUCUCUGCGGCCAAGAACCAACCACGGACAUGGACAUGCUUCAAGAAUUCGUAGACCUGCUCCAAACCAUCACCAACUGCCGUGCAGAGGCAUCCUACACCCGGCGUCUGUAUCAACUAUCUGCGAUUGUGACAGACGUACUCAAAGCCCGACACGCCCAGCACAAACGACAAAAACCACCGUCAGAUGGAACCGCAAAUUCGUAUCUGAUGUCCGAGCUGCUCUCUCCCCCAGCCACAGGUUACAACUACAUGGCUCCAAACGGUCAAGAGACCUUUGAUUCGCGCUUUGACGGCGCCGUCUUCCAGGAUCCGGGUAGUGGGUUUGCCUCCCUGAGCCCAAUUCCUUCGGCAGGGGGGGAAUUGGCCCGCAGUGCGGAUGACUUCUUGCCGCAGUUGAGGGGCUUUGCGAAGACAGGUUCCAAUGGGAACGAUAAUUUCAACUCGCUGAGCAUGGAAGCUUUGGGCGAUACGGUCUUCUGGAAGAGUGUUAGUUAG